GUGUAUGGACAUUUAUCUCAAGAUCAUAACCAUUUGUUUUCUCUUUACAUUAAUUCAAAUUGGAAUUCUGUAAAUGGAACAAGUUUUUACAAACCCAUCUGUCAAGAUUGAUGAUUUCAGGAAAUUUCUGUCUUUUGAUUUAUUGAGGGCUAUGAAGCGAUUCCAUUUCGGUAAGAGAGACAAGAGAGAUGAACCUAUAUCUCCGAGGACCCUAGAAUCAUUAGUUUCAAUGCCGUCUUCGUGUUCUACAGCUACUGAUGAUGGAGCUGGACCAAAUACACAUAAUGUAUCAGUAAUCGACACUGAUUCCAGGGGAACGCCCAUAAUUCCAAUGUCUGAGAAACCCAGUAAUCUUCAAGUGUUCACCCUAGCUGAGUUAAAAUCAGCAACCAAGAAUUUCAGUCCCUCUGAUUUGGUUGGAGAAGGUGGGUUCGGUUAUGUUUUUAAGGGGUCGAUCAAGAAUUCGGAGGAUCCAUCUCAAAGAGUUAAAGUUGCAGUGAAACAACUUGGUAUAAGAAGGAUGCAGGGACACAAGGAAUGGGUGACAGAGGUGAAUUUUCUUGGGGUUGUCGAGCACCCAAACCUUGUAAAAUUGGUGGGAUACUGUGCUGAGGACAAUGAAAGGGGAACCCAGCGGCUUCUAGUGUAUGAAUUUAUGCCUAACGGAAGUUUGGAUCAGUAUUUAUCCCGUCGAUCAAGGACAGUGCUUCCUUGGACCUUGAGAUUGAAAAUUGCCCUGGAUGCUGCUCGUGGUUUAAAAUACCUACAUGAAGAAAUGGAUUUUCAGAUCAUCGUUAGAGAUUUCAAAUCUUCAAAUAUCCUUCUUGAUGAGAAUUGGAAUGCAAAGCUAUCAGAUUUUGGAUUGGCAAGAUUAGGUCCUCCAGAAGGAUUCACACACGUUUCAACUACGGUUGUAGGUACCGUGGGAUAUGCAGCUCCUGAAUAUGUCCAAAGUGGUCAUGUGUCGGCCAAGAGUGAUGUAUGGAGCUAUGGCGUCUUCCUUUUUGAACUAAUUACAGGUAGGCGUUCUAUGGAUCGACACGGUCCCAAGGGUCAGCAGGGACUAUCGGAAUGGGUAACGCCAUACUUAUACGGAAAUUUUGGACGAAUGUUGGACCCAGGUUUGAAUUUACAUGGUAAAUGUACCCUUGAGUCAGUCCAAAAACUUGCAAGGAUAGCCACCCUAUGCUUGGUCGACAACCCGAGGUGCCGCCCAAAGAUGAGUGAGGUAUUUGAAAUGGUGACUAAAAUUGUGGAGGAAUCAACAGAAACUGGUAGUCCUCAACUACCCUUGAGGAGUUGGACGUCUAUGGAAACUUCCCUUGACAAUAAAACAAACAAUGGGAAAACCAGUAUGGAAUCAAAAACUGGAGAAAGUAACUCGUACUCGUUUCCAACAUCUCAGAAACCCAGUAAUCUUCAAUUGUUCGCCAUAGCUGAGCUGAAGUCAGCUACCAAGAAUUUUAGUCGCUCUGUUUUGGUUAGUGAAUGUGGGUUUGGUCGCGUUUAUAAAGGGUUGAUCAAGAAUUCGGAUGAUCCAUCUCAAAAAGUUGAAGUUGCUGUGAAACAGCUUGGAAGAAGAGGGAUGCAGGGACACAAGGAAUGGGUGACAGAGGUGAAUUUUCUAGGGGCUGUCGAGCAUCCAAACCUUGUAAAAUUGGUGGGAUACUGUCCUGAGGACGAUGAAAGGCAAACCCAGCUGCUUCUAGUGUAUGAAUUUAUGCCUAAUGGAAGUGUGCAUCAGCAUUUAUCCCGUCGAUCAGAGACAACUCUUCUAUGGACCAUGAGACUGAAAAUUGCCCAAGAUACUGCUCGUGGUUUGGAAUACCUACAUGAAGAAAUGGAUUUUCAGAUCAUUUUAAGAGAUUUCAAAUCUUCAAAUAUCCUUCUUGACGAGAAUUGGAAUGCAAAACUAUCAAAUUUUGCAUUGGCAAGAUUAGGUCCUGCAGAAGUAUUCACCCAUGUUUCAACAGAGGUUGUCCGUAGCUUGGGAUAUGCAGCUCCUGAAUAUGUCCAAACUGGUCAGCUGGCGGCCAGUAGUGACGUAUGGAGCUAUGGCAUCUUCCUUUGCGAACUAAUCACAGGAAGGGGUCCUGUAGAUCGAAACCGUCCCAAGAGUGAGCAGAAAUUAUUGGAAUGGGUAAAGCCAUACUUAUCUGACGCCAAAAAAAUUCAACAAAUAUUGGACCCCAGGCUUGAAGGUAAAUACUCCCUCAAUUCAGUCCACAAACUUGCAACUAUAGCCAACCGAUGCUUGGUCACAAACCCAAACUUACGCCCAAAGAUGAGUGAGGUAUUGGAAAUGGUGACUGAAAUUAUCGAGGGAUCAACAGAAACCGGUAGUCCUCAACUUCCCUUGAGGAAUUCGAAAUCUAUGGAAACUUCCCGCGACUCUAAAACAAAACGGAAUCAAAAACUGGGGAAAGUAAUUGGUUGA